AUGCUGCAAGACCUCAUCGAUGAAGAUGAAGAUCAACUACAAGAUUGGAACUCGGUGCUAGGAGGAAAGUCCCUUCCGAAGCGGGGAGAAAAGGAAUUUGGGCCCGAUGGAACAGAAACACAAUCUGAUAAUCUCAGCCAUGCCAGAAAUGCAAUGUAUCGUGCUCUUGAAACUCCUAGAGGACACUACUUAAAGCACAAAUUGGAAGCCAUAUGGAUGCCAGACCGCCAAAUGGCCAUUAUUACUGCUGCUAAGGGAGGAUACUUCAAGGAUUUGGGCCGGCAAACAAGUUUUGGUCACCGACAGGUGAUAUGGCUCACUGGCGUGGAAGUCACCUAUCUCGUAGAAAGAGGUUCUAUGAUGAUAUAUUUGAACGAUGGACAAGUCGAAGAGUACCUAGCAGGUCACGCUGACUCAAUUGACUAUGGAAAGCUUUUUCCCUUGAGUUUACAACACCUUUACAGUGUGGCUCUCACCGAGCCCGAAUCGUUGGACAAGUACCUUGUUUACUCAUAUUUGAAGAGACAUGGCUACCUUAUCCAGGAGUUUAAGACUUUAACUGCUCCACAGUCAGAACAGCUUCAGCUGCAAAGAAAAACUCAGUUAUGGGGACCAUGUUCUUCAUACGUAAAAUCGUUCGUCCAAGGCACACACCUAUUUGGAACAUAUCGACCUUUAAGCUUUCAAAAUAAGCACAUAUUCAGCUACCUACUGGUUUAUCGGGCUCUCAACAUUGUUCCCGCUACCAGCUCUUAUGACAGUUUGAGAACACUUUCGGACAGUAGCUACACUAUCCACUUCAACGUCUGGAAACCACAGCCUAAUUUCUCCAAGAAGAAUCCACCACUACCAGACUUUCAUGUUUCUGUCAUUAAUACCAAGAACAAGUCAUUUCCUUCGUUGAAAGACAUACAGCAUUUGCAUAACACACUCAACCAUACCAUCUCCGAAUCGAUCAAUCAGGAACCAGUUCAAAUCAAGCAAACUUCAAAUAAAAACCAAAGCGCUAAAAAACUACAAAGAGCACAAAAGGCCCAAGACAAGCUCUCCAAAAUGAGUCUAGAUGUACAGCGGAAUGUCCAGUACCAAAAAGUACGCCUGAGCAUGCUUAGGAACGGUCCCACUGGCAGGUCCAUAGUGCUUGCUACCAUUGACGAUGGCAUCAUUAAUUUCAUUACUUUGAGUGAAGCAGAUUUCACAUUGAGAGGAAAUGCUGCUACAAAGCUCAACAGCAUCAAGUACCUGGAUUCUCAUGGUAUUAUAUACACAGGUACGUAA